AUGGCCACCGAUGAGGAUUCAAGGAAUAUGGCCAUUAAGGUCGUCGCCGGCCUGUUUAUGUCACUAGCAACUGUGGCCGUUAUGCUCCGAUGUUAUGUUCGCGGCUGGAUCGUGAAGGCGUUCGGAUGGGAUGAUGGUUCAAUGGUCAUGGCCAUGGCGUGGUAUGCAAUGUUCUCCGGAUCCAUGAUCGGAGCAGGAAUACAUGGAAAUGGACGACACUGGUAUAGUUUGGAACCAGAGGAGCGAGUAAUCGCCAUGAAGUACUGGUGGCUCUGCGAAAUCGCAUUCUGUUUUGCAUCGAUUUUCUGCAAGAUCUCCAUUUGCAUUUUCUUGAUGCGUAUCUGCAUCAAGCGAACUCAUUUGUUGCUUCUGUAUACCGUCAUGGCCCUGACGGUCCUCGCUGGCCUGGUUUUUAUGUUCCUGAUGCUCUUGCAAUGCAAGCCCUUGUCCUUCUUCUGGACCCGAAUGGCGCAUCACCCCGUUGUGAACAUCGAAGGCGAAGGCUCCUGUAUCAACAUGGAAAUCAUUAUCGCCAUGACAUACGUUUACAGUGCUUUUGCCGCAAUGUGCGAUUUCACUGUUGGUAUUCUACCAAUCUUCGUUGUGCACAAAUUGCACAUGAAGCGACAGACGAAGAUGGCUGUAAUUGGAAUUUUGAGCAUGGCUUGCAUUGCAUCCUCCGCCGUGAUUGUUCGCAUUCCAUUUGUGAAGACGUUCGAUGAUCUAGACGACUUUUUAUAUUCCACCGUCCAAAUCGCCUACUGGUCAAACCUCGAAGCCGGCCUCGGUAUUACUGCUGGCAGUCUCGCGACCCUCCGACCCCUCAUUCGCCGCUGGCUCGGCUCACACGUAGAUCCGUCCUAUUCCGCCGGAUUCCCCAAGGGAUCUACGGGACGCCGCACAGGUGGUGCGAGUGCCGGGCGACCAGUGCCUCUGCAAUCGAUGAAUGGAACCGAGCGGAGCGAAUUGCGACCCGACAAGCUGGCUGUCAUGGUGACUAACAUUGAGAGUCAUCGAGACUUGGAAAACUCAUGGCCUCGCUCGUCUAGCUUGAGCAGCAGCGAGGAAAGGUUGACUUUGCCGCACCCAAACCUUCCUGGAAAGAUCGAAGUGGGUGUUCAUCAGACGUUCGAGGUUACGAGAACCGCAGCGGAUGGUGAUUAUGGGGAAGGAUCUCAUCGCACCGAGAGAGAGCACGUAUAA